UGCAUCAUCCUAAUUCAUCACGCACAUGCGGAAAGAAAAUGGCUGACAACAACAGUGCAGUAGAGACUGCAGCGCCGAGUGUCGGGCAAAUGACAGAAGACACGGGUCCUACAGAUGCAGGAGACGAUGACGAUCCUUUAUCUGAAAACCAGGACCACCCUGAGGAAACCAUGUUCAUAACCCAGACUGCCCCACCUGAAAAUCAAUGGUACCAUGGACGAUUGGGUCGUCAGGUGGCUGAGGACAGACUGCGGACUGCCGGAGAAACGGGAAGUUACCUGGUCAGGGAGAGUGAGCGCAACAAGGGCUCCUACGUCCUCUCUUACCUGGGCAAGAAUGGCCUCACUCACUUCAAAAUAUCAGCAAUAUGUGGUGAUUACUACAUUGGUGGCCGCCGAUUCGACAGCAUGGCUCUGCUAGUAGGGUACUACACUUCCUGUUCAUAUCUCCUCAAAGGGGAACAACUCAAGUUUCCAGUCUCACCACCAGAGCCUGUUGAUGAUAGGAGAAAAGUGGUGGCUGUGCUUUCCUUCUCCAAAAUGCCAGAGACAGACGAGUUGAGCUUUGAGAAAGGGGAUGUGUUCAUUGUGCUGAACGAGAUGGGGGAUGGCUGGCUGUGGGUCAAAUCUCUCCGAACCAAUGAGGACGGCCAAAUCCAUGAAGCUUUAGUGGAUAAUCUGAGUGACAGUGUAGAACCUGUUCAAGGUCUGCCCUACUUCCAUGCUAGCAUCACAAAGGAAGAAGCUGUGGAAAAGCUUAGAGAAGCUGGACAGGGGAGUUUUCUUGUUAGACCAAGUGAGAAUUCACCUGGGAACUAUUCUUUAUUUGUGUUAUGUGACAAAGUUGUUCAAAGAUUCAGGAUAGAAAAGCAAGGAAAACAGUUGUUUUUAAUGGGAGGCCGGUACUUUGACAGUUUGGAUGGAAUCAUAGAGAGAUAUAAAAAGGAAGAAAUUGUGGAAGGACACACCCUUGGGGCCCCAGUCACAAGGGAGAUGAAGUAUGUGUCAGAGAAGCUGGAGAGGCUGUCUCAUAAGGGGUCAGCCGACGACCUGUAUGACUCAAUCAGACAGAGUUCCCGCGGUCCCAUGACAGGGCGCCAAGGCAACAAGCUGGAGAUGAAGGGGUACCUCUACAUUAAGAAAAACAGUCAGAACAAAAAAUUCAAAAACAUGUUUUUUGUUUUGCUUGGAGAUGAUAAGCAGCUAUGUUAUUUAGAAAAUGAUAAGAGAUCUCGUCCGAAAGGUUUAAUUGAUCUUAGCUACAGUUCCCUCUACCCUGUCCAUGACAGCUUCUUUGGAAGACCUAAUUGCUUCCAGUUAAUUACAAACUCAUUUAAUCAUUCCCAGAUUUACUACCUGUGUGCUGAAAACAUAGAUUUAGCUCAAAAUUGGAUACAAAGGCUCCGCCCAUACUGUGUAAACACCGCCCCUGUUUCCCAACAACGAUUGUCUGCCCUGAAGGAGUUGCGGUCCCUGACCGUGGAGGUGGUGGAUGCCCAGAAGCUGUCCACUAAGCUCCUGCCCCACCCCUACUGUAUCCUCAACCUGAAGAACCCUGGCCAGAACCCGAUCAAGGUGUGCCGCACCCAGGUCGAGGAGGGCCACAACCCAGUGUGGGAGGAAAAGUUUAUCCUAGAUGAUAUUCCUUCCGAUAUAGAAUCCAUCAGCAUUAGUGUUCAUAAUUACAGUAAAAGGUUUAUUGACAAAGAAAUAGGAAAACCAAUUGCCCAAAUAUUAAUACCAUUAGAAGAAAUAAAAAGUCUGGAUUUAUUCGCCAAAUGGUUUUCUCUAGUCCCUGUCAGUCCCACCUCCCGUGGUGAAAUGGGUUCGCUACGGAUACGGGCUCGAUAUUUACACGAAAUUAUUAUGCCUGAAGACAAAUAUUCAACACUUAAAGAGUUGAUAUUAAAUGGAGAUCUAAGUAAUCUUCUGGAGCUGUUCAGCAUCUGUGGUAAUGAUAGAAUUCCCCUGGCCAAAGCCCUUCUUCAAAUAUUCCGCCAUGAACAGCAAGAGAAAGUCAUACUUAAAACCAUGAAUGAUCUUGAGAUUGCCCGUGAAGACAUUGUAUCUACCCUGUUCCGAGCCACUUCUCUUGCUACCACCCUGAUGGAUCAAUACAUGAAAAUGACCGCCACUCAGUUUGUGGCGUCAGCCCUGAAGGACCCGAUCAUCCACAUUACAGAGAGCAAGCAGUCUUGUGAGCUGAAUCCCACUAUGUUGGAAAGUGGCUGUGAUAUUGUAACAAACAGAGAUCACUUUCUCCAUUUCCUGGAGGAGAUGACGGAAUCCAUUUUUAAAUCCACGGAAAGCUGCCCAAAAGUCCUGCGAUAUAUAUGCAGCUGUCUACAGAGAAGUGUGUCAGCCAAAUGGCCUUCAGAUGAGAGUGUCAGAACAAGAGUCGUUAGUGGCUUCAUCUUUCUGAGGCUGUUGUGUCCGGCAAUCCUAAACCCGAAAUCUUUCAAUUUAAUCACAGAAACACCAUCAGAUGUGGCCUGUCGAACCUUAAAACUUAUUGCAAAAGCAUUACAGAACUUGGCAAAUUUAGUGGAAUUUGGAAUCAAAGAGGCGUUUAUGGAAGUGAUAAACCCAUUUAUCAAGAAAAACAAGCCUCGUAUGAUCAAGUUUCUGGACGAACUGUCUCAGGUUGACGACAAUGAAACAUCCUCGGAGAACUCCUUGCCAGUCGACAGUGUGGCCAGGGACCUCGCUACGAUGCACACGAUAUGUGCUACCCACCAAUCAGAACUCAGGAAACAAGCGGAGACCAAGCCCUCGUUAAAGAAGUUGGUAGCUGUCACAGACAUUUUAACAGACCACAAGAAGCGGUAUAUGACGUGAUGCAUGUAGAAAGAGGGAGCAGGCUGCUGAUCCCUAGGAGUAGCAGGUGUCUGCAAAAAACCCAAAGACACACCGAGUGACCUUGUCCGUAUAAAUCACCCACCUCAGGAGUGCUGGCAAUCAAGAUUGAUCAUUUUUUCAGUCCCAACUUUGUGGCAACUUCCCUCUUCUCCACCCCCACAAAGACUGGCCAAGUCUUUAUACAUAACUGUCUUCAGCAGAGAUUUUUGCAAUAGACUUUACAAAUGUGUUUCAUGUUGGUACAUCAUUUUUUUUUUUAUAUAUAUUAUAAAAGAUUGUUAAUUGCUUGUUGCUUGUUAGUUAAAGUCAUUAUUACCGUACAUGUAUGAGCUGGUUUGUGUUAAUAUUUGUCAUGGAAUUCUCACUGUGAAAAUGGCAUUAACAGUAUACUGAAUGGUUGAUUGUUCAAGUUAUUAGUUGAUUAUUGAGUUAGUUUAGUUGAUGUAAUUGUGAAGAUAAUUUAUUUUAAUUUAGAAAUUAUGAGAGUGAAAGAUGAGUGGAAAGAUUAAUGCUUUUAUUUUACCAAAGAAUAUGGAUUUUCUUUCUGAAAGAAUUUUUUUUAUCUAGUCUAAAGCCUUUUCAUAUAGUUUUUUUUUUUUUGGUAUCGUGCAUACCGUAUACCGGUAUUUGACAGAAAAUACAGUUUUAGUGUUUAUGAGUUAACUCAUAAGAGUUAUUCAUGGAUUUGAUGGGUAAAUGUUUUGGUAUGGCCAGUAUGACAAUCAUUGGAAUAAAAUAGAAUUUUGUAUAACCUAAUGAUACUUUAAACACUUUUCUAUCCAGAAUGUUUACAUUGCUUUUGAAUAUUUCUGAAGCAGUUGGUUAUUUCUGCUACAAUUGAAGCUUGAUUAUUAUUGUUUAUGACUUAUUUAAAAGGAGUUUUUCCCACAAGUUAACCUUUUUAAACACAGUUUUUACUUCAUUUGUUCACGGCUUUACUGGAUCAAAAGCAAAAUUUGUUUUAUUUCUGACUGGUGUCAGCAAACAAAAAUGAGAAACUACUAAGGUAAUCAUAAUCCAAAAUUCAGUUUCAUUUUAACUAAUAAGAAUUGUAAGGAUAAGCUGAAAUAGAAUAAUGAUAAUGGUAAUUACUCUCUAUUGGAGAACCUUUCACCUUACUUAGGUUAUACCAAAUCAAAUACUGUGGUUUCAUUAAUAUUAGAGAGCAUCAAUUUUGAACGAAUUAUUUUUUUUAAAAUUCAUAUAUAGGUUACAUAGUUAUGGAUUAUCACUCUGCAAAUACACAAUUUUGUACUGUUUCUGACAUCGAUAAACAUUAGAUUUUUUUGGAUCAGCUCAACAACGAAAUUCAUGCUCAAUGAAUAAAAAAUAAUGAGGCCACAGAAUGUGAUGAUACAAAUUUAGACUAAGGCAUUGCUUGUGUGCAAAUUUGUAUGGUAUCUGCCUGGCAUGAUAUGGACCUUCUUCAAAUUUUGUGUUUUAAAGGACUGUAGCAUCUUAAGGUUCUUAACAUUUCUAAGACACAAAAUUCAGAUGAGCAGUCUAUGUUCCAAAUUAAAUUUCAUAAAUGCUUACACCACCAAUACUUUAUUAAUUUUUUUUUAAUGUCAGAAUCCAAAAUGUUUGUUAUUCUUAAUGAAAUUUGGAUGAAACUUUAUCUAACCUCUUUUUGGGGUCAAGUGCAAUAUUUUUCGUCUUUUCUGACUACGUUUUUGUUCAGUUUCUUGCUUGUGUAAAUUCCUCAUUGUUAUCUUUGCUCUUUUCAUUACCAUUUGACAGUUGGAAGAAGAAAACAUUCUUUGGUUUGCAUUUUUACGGUGACACCAUAUAAUGAAAUAAAAAAUUUUAAAGAUUGUUUUA